AUGUCUACCAUGAGUACUCAAAAAGCAAAUAGUUCCACACCAGGGGAGACUGAUUCUUCAUCAAGUUUACCACCUCCGGAGAUAACAGAACCCACCUAUAAGAAGCCCGAAAAAUCGACAAAAAGGAGGAAAAAGAAGUUGGAAAUUGCAUGUGUUUAUUGCCGCCGAUCACAUAUGAUAUGUGAUGAAUCAAGACCAUGUCAACGAUGUAUAAAAAGAGGGAUUGCCCAUCUUUGUUAUGAUGAACCCUCUAACUCGCGACAACGUAAAAAGGCGGCCGCUUUAAGAAAGACUCAGAGUGAAGGGGCACCAAUGGUGACAUCACCAAUAACGCUUCCUUUGACGGGGUCAACGGGGAACCAACUGCCGUUACCGUUGCCACCAUUACAAGCAUCUCAACUGGAUAUAAGGUCUGCGCCUAAAACGGAGAAUUCUUUGCAGUUUUCACAACCAGCUCUACAUCAACAACAGAUGCAGGAGAAUCCACAAGGUGCAUCUCAAUCUGUCCAUACCAACAAUACACAUAUUUAUUCUUCCCAGAAUCAGCAGCAACAACCGCAACAUCAACAACAGCUACAACAGCAACAGCCACAGCCACAGCCUCAAUCAAGGUUAAUAAAAAACUCAGUGCUAUCCCAGACUUUGCCUUACAAUCAACAACCAUUCUUCUACUCAGAACAUGCAAAUAGUGAGUUUAGUUCUUUGAAUGACUUUUUGUCAAUGAUUGAUGACCCGGAGUUAGUCAACGGGGCUUUAAAUGAUGAUACAGAUGGACUUUUGAAUUUUGGGGUUGGUAACAACAACAAUAGCGGUGGCAGCAACAGCAAUAUUAACAACACUCACAACAACAAUAAUAACGGGUUUAGUAUUAGCGGCGGGAAUAGCACGACUAACUUGAAUGCAGUUUUGGCGUAUUCACCUAAUUCUAAUUUGUUUCCACCAACUUUUGGUAAUGAAGCGGAUUCAACUCAAAUCCAAUCACAACAACAACAACCUGAAUUGACACAACAACCCCCUGCAUUGAACCCAGUGAAGGUUGAGCCUCAAGCUGAGAAGACUGAACAACAACCUGUGAUCUCAGAUUCUGCAAGAGAUAAGUUCUUUCUUACAGCAGCUGACCCUACUACUGAGAUUUCACCUGAAGAACGAUUGAAACAAGUUAUUAAGGCAAAAUUGGAGGCAGGUUUACUACAACCGUACAAUUAUGCCAAAGGCUACGCCAGACUUCAGAGAUAUAUGGACAACUAUAUGAAUAUAUCAAGUAGACAAAGAAUUCUAAAGCCACUAUCAAUAUUUCGACCGGCUUUUAGGGCAAUUGCACGUACAUUGAAAGAUGUGGAUUUGGUUUUGGUUGAAGAAAGUUUUGAGAGAAUGUUGUUGGAUUAUGAUCGUGUUUUUACGGCAAUGGCAAUACCUGCUUGUUUAUGGAGACGUACUGGAGAGAUAUACAGGGGCAAUAAAGAGUUUGCCUCGUUGGUAGGUGUGACCACGGACGAUCUUAAGGACGGGAAGUUGGCCAUCUAUGAAUUAAUGAGCGAGGAAAGUGCCGUCAAUUUCUGGGAAAAGUAUGGUGCAAUUGCUUUUGAUAAAGGUCAGAAAGCGGUCUUAACCAGUUGUAAUUUAAGAACUAGAGAUGGUAUUAAACGAAAAAGUUGCUGUUUCAGCUUUACUAUAAGGAGAGAUAGAUACAAUAUUCCCAGUUGUAUAGUGGGUAAUUUUAUCCCCAUUGAUCCUUAG